ACAGCGCUGUGGAUGAGGCAGAUUAUCCUCCCUGUGGAUCCAGGCAGGCAGGCAGCAGGUGGCUGGAGACAGAAAUAUGGGAAACGCAGACAGCAAACUUCACUUCAGGAAAGCGGUGGUCCAGCUGACAACCAAAACUCAGCCCGUCGAAGCCUCAGACGACGUGUUCUGGGAUCAGUUCUGGGUGGACUCCUCCACCACGGUUCAGGAUGUUUUUGCUCUGGUUCCUGCGGCAGAGAUCAGAGCCGUCAGAGAGGAGUCUCCGUCAAACCUGGCAACCCUCUGCUACAAGGCGGUGGAGAGGCUGGUCCGGGGAGCAGACUCCGGCUGCCCCUCUGAGAAGGAGCGCCAGACCGUGUUGAACUGCACGCGCCUGCUCACCCGCAUCCUGCCCUACAUCUUCGAGGAUGCCGACUGGAGGGGCUUCUUCUGGUCCACCAUCCCCGGCCGAGCGGGGCACUUGGACCACGAUGCUGAUGACGAAGGUCGGCCUCUGGCUGAGUCCCUGCUGCUGGCCAUUGCUGACCUGCUCUUCUGUCCAGAUUUCACCAUCCAGAGCCACAAGAAGAACAGCCCGGAUACAGCUGAUGACAUACGAGCCAUAGACAGCUGUGAGUACAUCUGGGAGGCCGGCGUGGGCUUCGCUCAGGCACCUCCUCUGAACUACGUCCACGACCUGAACAGGACAGAGCUGCUGAAGUUACUCCUCACCUGCUUCUCUGAAGCCAUGUACCUUCCUCCCUCCGCUGAAAACAAAGUCCUCAACCCCUGGAUCUCCUUCUUCUGCUCCACAGCCAACAGACACGCCCUGCCUCUGUUCACCUCCCUGCUCAAUGUGGUUUGUGCCUACGACCCCGUGGGCUACGGCAUCCCGUACAACCACCUGCUGUUCUCAGACUACCGGGAGCAGCUGGUGGAGCAGGCGGUCCAGAUACUUAUCGUCACCCUGGAGCACGAGGCUGGCUCAGCCGCCAGCGCCGCCCUCCAGGCCCUGGACCCCUCAACAUGUCCCUCAGCUGAGGAGGAGGAGCAAGAGGUACAUACACCUGGUGGACCUGACAACCUGUUUGUGAAUUAUCUCUCCAGGAUACACAGAGAGGAGGACUUGAGCUUUGUCCUUAAAGGUCUGGCUCGGCUGCUCAAUAACCCUCUCAUCCAGACGUAUCUGCCCCGAUCCACCAAGAAGAUCCAGUUCCACCAGGAGCUGCUGAUCCUCUUCUGGAAAUUCUGCGACUUCAACAAGAAAUUCCUCUUCUUCGUCCUGAAGAGCAGCGACGUGUUGGACAUGUUGAUUCCCAUCCUCUUCUACCUGAACGAUGCCCGAGCGGAUCAGUCCCGGCUCGGCCUCAUGCACAUCGGCGUCUUCAUCCUGCUGCUGCUGAGUGGAGAAAGAAACUUUGGCGUCCGUCUGAACAAGCCGUACGCUCUCCGUGUGCCCAUGGACAUUCCUGUGUUCACAGGAACCCACGCCGACCUGCUCAUAGUGAUCUUCCACAAAAUCAUCUCCAGCGGACACCAGCGUCUCCAGCCUCUGUUCGACUGCCUGCUCACCAUCAUAGUGAACAUUUCACCUUACCUGAAGAGCCUGUCCAUGGUGGCAGCCAACAAACUGCUUCACCUCCUGGAGGCCUUCUCCACGCCCUGGUUCCUCUUCUCCUCACUGCAGAACCACCACCUGGUCUUCUUCCUGCUGGAGGUCUGCAACAACAUCAUCCAGUAUCAGUUUGAUGGUAACUUCAACCUGGUGUACGCCAUCAUCCGUAAGCGAAACGUUUUCCACCAGCUGGCCAACCUGUCGUCCGAUACCACGUCUAUUCAGAGGGCCCUGCAAAAGAAGAGGAGGACGGGAAUCUCUAGGGCGAACUCUGUAGAGAAUGAGUCCAUGGAGGGCUCCAGACCUGCUGUACCCGCCGAGCCCGGCACACUCAAAGCCAGCUUAGAGGCCACUCCAGGAAUCGAUAAGAUAACAGAGAAGUCUCAGGUGAGUCAGGAUGGAACGAUGAUCACUGUGCCACAUUUGGACUCUCCGCACACGUCUAAAAGCAGCAUCGCAGCCGGAGCCAGCGACAGCGAGUCUGAGAGAGAUCACGAGGUUAACCGCAUGCAGUCGGAGUCGGCGAGGAGUCGACUGUCGAGCGUCUCAUCAACGGCUGCGUGGAGCGCUAACUCCGACUGGGUCUCCUCGUGGAAGGCCAAACUUCCCCUGCAGACGAUCAUGAGGUUGCUGCAAGUCCUGGUUCCUCAGGUGGAGAAGAUUUGCAUCGACAAGGGUCUGACUGACGAGUCGGAAAUCCUCAAGUUCCUGCAGCACGGCACACUCGUGGGUCUCCUACCCGUCCCCCACCCCAUCCUCAUCAGGAAGUACCAAGCCAACGCUGGCACAGCCAUGUGGUUCCGCACAUACAUUUGGGGCGUCAUCUACUUACGUAAUGUUGACCCUCCGAUCUGGUACGACACCGACAUCAGGCUGUUUGAGAUCCAGAGGAUUUAGAGGAGCUGCUGGUUUAUCUUCCUCACACCUGAACCGUU